AUGUCGUAUAAUCCUCUUACUCAGGCCGAGGAUGCCAAUUCAGACUCGGAUUGUGCUGAAAUACGCGCCUCCCCUCUAUCUCCUACUCACCGAACGCCCUUCAGCGCGAUGCCUCCCAAUCUAGAUCUACACUCCAUUCCCUCCGAGACGUGGACUCGUCCUCGGACCGUCUCCCGAGACGGCUCUGGACCUAUGGAGUGCCCUACGCCCGACCUGCAAAGCAUCCAAGGUGCCUAUGUGAACAAUAUCGAGCGGCUGGAGCAAAGCGCGGAGAGGAUGAGCUUAUCAUCUGACAUUGGGGAGGAGAUAAGGAAAAUGAGGGAAGAACAGAAAAAAUCAGAUAGCAGAAGGUCCUCAAUACAAAAUCGUCAGCUGGAGGACCCUGAUCGGGCAGCCCUCCAUCGACAGUUAUCCUACACCUAUGGCUCUCACGCUUCUAGUUCUAUUGUUGGUACAAACAGUGUGGCCAGGUCUGGGGGCUUUUCACCCGCUGCUUACUUUGCCUCUCCACGGGGCUCCGUUCGGUCCAGUACGCGAGACUCGCUCAAGAAUAGGUCCGCUUCACAAGAGCCACGCUUGGAGCAAGUGACGGAGCCGGUACAAGAAGGCAAACCUCUCGACUCGCCGCUGUCCACACGAUUUGCGCCUGUUUUCUCACCUACAGAAGAGGCAAUUCGACCCUUACGAAUAGCGAAUGACGGAGGAUAUCAUCUAGAUGAUGUUGUCAUUCCGCGGACCGAGUCUUCUGAGCCUGAGUUCGGCGAACAUGAGCCCAUGAUGGCAAGUGAAGAAUUGGAACUAAGACACUCAACAGAUACGGCUCGACAAGCGAACGGUCUUUUCUCGGAUUUCGAUGGCGUGCAUACGGUCGCUCGUCCCUCAGAUCUGCUCCCGGCAGAUACGCCACAGGACCCACCAUUGACAAACUUCGCUCAAGGUCAAAGGCCGCAGACAUAUCUGGAUUCGCAUUCGGGCGACAAUAUGGUUUAUUACCCGGCUCCCGUACCUAUGAUGCUCAAUCUUCCAAAAAGGCUAUCGAAGCUGCCAAAUUCUCAUUCGCGAGACCAAAGGCGGUCGCAAUUGUUUGGCAAUCCCCCCAAUGAAACCCGAAAGUCCGCAGCUUGGCUUCCUGACACGCCUGAGAUACCAAACGAAGACCUUGAGCCUUUGGAGGAAGAUGCUCUGCCAUUGAUCAGGGCCAACCGUCGGACAAUGGCAAACAUACCCCCACAGCUGAGGGCUACAAUGUUUUUUGACUCUCCAGGAGUGAGACAUGACGUUGAAGUGAAAGGUGCAUCAGCCGUGGCAACUCUAGAUAGUAUUCUCGAUGCCUCAGCCUCAGCUCCUGUUACUGCUUUUACGGAUCAUCCUAUUGUAGGCCAAGUUGGAGGCGACGUCUAUAGUCGGGCACCUAUCAAAGCUCGUCCCAUUGGUCAAAUGUCAGAAAGUGGGCGGCGAAUUAGCAAAGGGAAUGAUCUGAUUAGUAGGGGAAACAUGCUCGAAGACGCUAAGAAGCGAAACAGUCUAAUGAGCAUUGCGACCUAUCUUGGUCGUAGGAAAAGUAGUGGCACUUUACUUGAGGAUCAUAUCGAAAGCCAGAUACGACCAUCAGAGCAUGGUGAUGACGGUGAGAAACUCAACGGGCCAUCGAUUGAGCAUCAGGAUGAAACGCAGGAAGCCUGCUUCGAUGCAGAACCACAGCAAGACGACUCACCAGCUGAGGAUGCAGAAAUUGGACCCGCCGACGAGCAACCAACUACUUUACUCGCAGAGUUGCAGAUGCGAAAGGAACGGCAAAAGCUUCGUAACCGGACUGCAGCAACAGCUUUUCCGGACGGUAUGCACUCGACUCUCCUACAGCUAGAUGCUGUAGCUCAAGUGCAGCAACAAAGCAGAAAGCAGAAACAUACUAUCCUUGCGUGGGAGGAUCCUGAUGGCCCUGCUGAGCCUGGAAACGAGGACGACGAAGACAUCCCUCUUGGGAUGCUGUAUUCGGAGCAGAAAAAGCGCAAUCAACAGGACGACGACAAUCGUCCGCUUGGUCUUAUUGCCCGGAGACAGAUGGAAGAUAGUGAACCUCUCAGUCAUCGGCGCGCUCGGCUUCGCGGUGAACCACCUCCUUUAAGGAACGAUAGUCUUGUACAGCAAUAUUCUUACCAGCGACAAGCUUUUCCCAAGUCUCCUCGUGAGAGCCAACAGGAAGUAGAGGACGAAGAUGAAGAUCAUGGAAGUGAAACUCUUGCUCAGCGUAUCAAGCGCAUGAAAAAAACGCAGAUACCUCCGCAUCCGCGUCCGGUGAGCACUGACUUCUCGUCAGAGAUCUUGUCUCAAUUUCAACCACAACAGCCUUUACCUGCACCCGCCAAGAACCCGGAUCUCGAAGCAGAGACCCUAGGUCAGCGCCGAAAGCGUCUCCAAGCAGAAGCUGCUGCAGGGUCACGUAAUGCUUCUGGCGACAGCGAUAGAAAUGUUUCCAAUGGUGCUCAGACCAAAGGGCCCAAUCUGGCUCAACGCCGUAGUAUGGCGGAUAUUCUGCAAGCCCACCCAGCUAUCAAAGGAGGCUUACCCUUGGUCUCGGAUGAAGUCAAGUAUACCCCGGCUCCGCGUACGAGAAAUACUUCGUGGGCUAUGGAGAUGAAUAGGCAAGCUUCACAGAGCAGGUUAAAUGUCGCCGACGGCGGUAGUGGAUAUGCGCCUCAUCCUAUGGUGGCAGGCAGAGACAAUGAGCAGACUGGUGACGAUCGGAAGAAGGGAGAUAUGAUCAAUCGUUGGAGGCAAAGCGUCAUGUAUUGA